CUUUGAGUGACAGAAACGCAGCACGAUGUGGACCUUCAGCUUGCUCCUCUUCUGGGGGUGUUGUGGUAUAUGUAGCUGCGAAACAGUCACAUUAACCCCACCGGAAUCAGUGGCAUGGCGUCGGCUGCUGAAUCUGACAGGGACGGCUUUUGAAACGAAUGAGUGUGUGGAUACGACCGUCUGCCCAGCUUAUGCAACCUGCACCGACACUCCAAAAAGUUACUACUGCACUUGCAAACAAGGCUUCCUGUCCAGCACCGGAGAGACACAGUUCAGGGGCUCAGGUGUGGAAUGCAAAGAUAUAGAUGAGUGUUCUCAAAAUCCCCUACAAUGUGGUCACAACUCAAUCUGCAAAAACCUGCCAGGGAGGUACAAGUGCAGCUGUUUGCGUGGUUUUUCUUCUCCUACUGGAAACAACUGGAACCCUGGAAAGCCAGGUCAUUUUGCCUGUACAGGGGACAUUGGCAAUAUCUAG